UUUAAAAAAAAAUCACACAUGAAUCAAAGUUGUGACUUCUGUUUUAAUAUAUAAGAUGGUACUGUAAAGAAGACAAGUGCCAAAAUCACUUUGCAAAUAUUGUAUAUGAAAUUGUAAAGAAGACAUGUGUCAAAUUACUUUGCAAAUAUGUUUAUGGGAUGGUAAAGAGUACAUGUGUCAAAUUCACUUUGCGGAGAUAAUGUUUAUGGGAUACUAUUAUUUUUGAACUAGAGAAACAUGACCGAUUUUCUUUAUUUUGGAAAAAAUAUUCCAUAUGGUUAAAUACAUUGCUUUUAUAUAUAUAUAUAUAUAUAUCUGAUUCUAAAUCAAUGUAAAAAGAAAACAAAAAACAUUAACCACAGAGACGGAAGAAAGAGAUGGUGAAGCAAGAAAUCAUUUUCGUUCCUUACCCAACCCCUGGUCAUCUUCUUGUCACUAUUGAGUUUGCUAAAUCUCUCAUCAAACGCGACCAUCGCAUUCACACCAUCACCAUCCUCCACUGGACGUUACCUUACACUCCCCAUGCUGACCUCUUUGCGAAAUCACUCAUCGCUUCGGAGCCACAGAUCCGUUUUCACGCCUUACCUGAAGUCAAGAACCCUCCCCCAUUUGACCUCUUCUUGAAAGCCACCGAGGCUUACGUUCUAGAGUUCACCAGGGCGACAGUUCCUCUCGUCAGAGACGCUCUCUCCACUCUCGUCUCCUCUCGCGACGGAACCGAUCCGGUUCGGGUCGCCGGUUUGGUUCUUGAUUUCUUUAGCGUCCCAUUGAUCCAAGUGGGAAACGAGUUUAACAUUCCUUCUUACAUUUUCUUGACGUGUAACGCUGGUUUCCUUGGUAUGUUGAAGUAUCUCCCCCAGAGACAUCGCAGAAUGGGCACCAUGCUCGAUCUGAGCAGCUCUGAAGAUCAUCACAUUCCAGGUUACGCUAGCUCAGUGCCGUCGAAGGUUCUGCCGGCGGGCCAGUUUGUGAGAGAGUCAUACGAGGCUUGGGUCGAGAUUGCCGAGAAAAUCCCUGAAGCCAAGGGUAUUCUGGUAAAUUCGUUCACGUGUCUCGAGCAGAAGGCAUUUGAUCACUUCUCUUGUUGUUGCCCUGACGAUUUUCCUCCGGUUUACCCGGUCGGACCGGUUCUUAGCAUGGAAGAUCGUCCGUCCCCCGAUCUUGACCCGUCGGAUCAGCGCCGGAUCAUGAGAUGGCUCGAGGACCAGCCGGAGUCGUCAGUGGUGUACCUCUGCUUCGGGAGCUACGGAGUCCUUGGGGCACCGCAGAUUGAGGAGAUAGCUCGAGCCUCGGAGGUCUCUGGCCACAGGUUUCUUUGGUCUAUCCGUACCGAGGAUGGUGGUCCGUGCGAUCUCUUCCCAGACGGGUUUACGGAUCGGACGGCGAGUACGGGACUGGUGUGCAGGUGGGCCCCGCAGGUGGAGGUGCUGUCUCACAAGGCCGUCGGAGGGUUCGUCUCUCACUGUGGCUGGAACUCUGUGCUGGAGAGCUUGUGGUUCGGCGUGCCGAUCGUCACGUGGCCGUUGUACGCUGAGCAGCAGCUAAACGCUUUCACGAUGGUGACGGAGUUAGGUUUAGCCGUGGAGCUGCGUUUGGAUUACGUCUCGACCAAGAAAGAGAUAGUGAAAGCUGAGGAGAUUUCGGAAGCGAUACGAUCUCUGAUGGACGGUGAGAAUACGGUGAGGGGGAGAGUGAAGGAGACAGCUGAGGCGGCUAGGAAGGCUUUGAUGGACGGAGGAUCUUCUUUUGUCGGGGUUAAACGAUUCAUGGACGACUUGGUCGGCGAGGAUUUUUAGUUCGGUUGUAAUUGGACUGCUGAUUCUGAAUAAAUUGUGUUUCAAAAAAUGAUUUCUGCUUUAGUAGCAGCUUAGCAUGUUAGUUUGUGAGAGACACUAAACCAGUGUUCUAAAAUACGCUAUACGCUCUAUGUGCGGUGAUCUAGCGCCUAGCACCUAGCCGUAUACGCGGACGUCUAAACGGAGCCUAAACGGACUAUACCGACCGUAUAGACGGCCACGUAAGCCGCAUUUUUGAACACUGCACUAAACAAACAAAAUCUUCAGUUCUAUUCCAAACUUAUGAAUACAUAAAUGAGAAUUUCAAAAAUGCCAUUUUAUAG